CACUCUUCAUCCGCUUCCCUUCCGGCCACACUCACCUGCUAGCUAGCCAUUGACCGUGCCGGUGAUCCCCGGCCAAGGAAAGGGAGAGCGAUGGAUGCGGCAAUAAUCGGCGCGUUGCUCAAGACCACGCUGCCGAAGGCCCUCUCGGUGCUCGGCGGGAGCAGGGAUGUCCGGUCCAUCCAGUGCGAGCUCAGGUACAUCGAGGCCACCAUCCAAGACCACCGCAAGAAGUGCGGCGGCAAGGACACGAGCCACCUGCGGGCGGCGUGGAUCCGCGACCUGACCCUCUUCGCGUUCGACAUCGAGGACUGCGUCGACCGCUUCCUGCGGCAGGAGAUGUCGCCGGGGGACGGCGAGGCGGGCUUCCUCCGCCGCUCCGCCCGCGCCGCCAAGAGCACGGUGUACACCCGCACGGUGUUCUCCUUCAAGAUCCGCAAGCUCAAGACCAGGUCCGAGGAGAUACACCGCCGGCUCAAGCGCUACAUCGAGGAGGAGACGGCGCAGGCGGCAGUGGCACCCGGCGGCGCGGCGUCGAUCCCCACCGCAGGGGCGCACCCGAGGUCCGGUGCUCCCGCGGCGGCUGUGGGGAUGGACGAGCCCCUUGGGCAGCUUCUUGAGCUAGUGCUGGAGCCCGGGACGUCGCCAGAUGGGAAGCUCAGGGUGAUCUCCGUCGUCGGCUUCCAUGGCUUAGGCAAGACGCUUCUUGCCCACCAAGUGUUCGACCACGGUGAUGUGCGCCGACGGUUCCCUCUGCGAGUUUGGGUUUGCGCGGCGGGCAAGGGCAAGCCGGAGGUUCUCAAGGAGAUGCUCGAUCAAGUGCUCCAGAAUGGUGCCGGCACCUCGACCGACAGCGCCCCGCAAGCUGACUCUGCUCCUGCCGGCACACGCAGUGGGACGACCACCUCCAAUGCCAACGGUGUCGUCCCACAGGUUGAGGAGAAUGGCGUUGAGCAAGUCGAGAAUGGUGAGAGUACCUCGGCCGGCGUCCACGUUGUCACUACAUGGCGCCACUGCCUCCAAGCAGUUUGGUGGACUCUGGCGACGAUACUGCUGUACGUCUUGUCACCGGCGUUCACCGUGGCAAACAUGGUGCGAGCCUCUUCUAUCCAAGUUGACUCUGCAGACUUACGUCGUGCUACUGCCAAUGCGAGUAUCUCCACCAGCACCAUGGCACUAGUUGAUGAGAACAAGAGUGUCCAGAUGAAGAUGCAAGUUGACAGGGGCAAGGCUAUUCAGGAGGACACUCACAAGGACGAUGCAGAUGAUACCACACUCAUCGAACAACGUCUAGGAUCAUACCUGAAAAAUAAAAGGUAUUUGAUUGUAAUUGAUGGCAUGCAAACAGAAGAGUUGUGCAACAUUACAUCUGUAUUCCCUGUGGAUAACGGAGUGAACAGCAGAGUUAUUGUGACGACAACCAUUAAGAAAAUAGCAAGACGCUGCAGCUCUGCCAAUGGCCGUGUGUACAAAAUGAAAACACUUGACGACAAUGAUUCAAGGAAGUUGUUCUUCGAAGUGUUUUCCAAGGGUAAAUAUUCAGUCGCAGAUGCAACGGAGUUGAAAGCAUCUGCCCUCCUGGAGAAAUGUGGCGGCCUACCGCUUGCCCUUGAAAGCAAAGCAAAGUUUCUGAAGAGUGAAGAAGACCUGACCAAGAGUAAAUGCGAAGAUGCCUGCCGCAAGCUUUGUGCUCCAGAAGGGUGUGACGACACAUUGGGAAGAAUGCAUGGGGUUCUUGCCAGCAGCUAUGAGAGUCUAUGUAGCCUUGUUCUCCAGCAGUGCUUGCUGUAUUUCUGUAUGUUCCCGCGUGGUCAUCGUGUCAGGAGGAAUCCUCUAAUCAGGCGGUGGCUGGCGGAAGGACUUGUACAUGUACAACCAGGGGAUGCAGUGAGCACCACACCACAAGACAUCGCAAUUGAGAAUUUGGAGACCCUGAUCGACCGCAGUAUCAUUCAGUCCAUGGAAGUGAGCACUUGUGGGAACGUUAAGAGAUGCCAACCUCCUGGGAUGAUGCUCGAGUACAUUGUCCGCAAGUCCAUGUCUCAGAAUUUCAUCACCUUGCUUUGUGGUGAGAGUGAGACGGCCGAAGAAUGGGACUAUGUACGCCGGCUCUCGCUCCAUGAUUACUGUGCUGCAAAACUGCCCAAGGGCUUAUCUCGUCUCCGGACCUUGGCAGUAUUCCCUGCUGGGGAUGCUGCCAAAAAUGAACCUACAUUGGAUUUUGCAAAGUAUGACCUACUGCGAGUGUUGGAUUUAGAAGAAUGUGAUGGUCUGACUGACGGGCACCUCCAGAACAUAUGCAGCCUGGUGUUUCUGAAAUAUUUGAGCCUUGGGGGCCUCAUUAGUGAGGUCCCAAAGAAAAUUGCCAGGCUGCAAUGGUUAGAGACACUGGACCUGAGGAGAACCAAGAUAGAGAAGGUGCCAGUGGAAGUCAUCCAGCUCCCCCAAUUAAAACAUCUCCAUGGCAAGUUUCAGCUUAUCGAAGGUGACUGCGUAAAGGCAAAUCCAGAGCACUUGUCUAAGAGAAGCACCCUUGAGACUCUUUCAGGAUUUGUCAUGGGAGAGAGUGAAGGAUUUCCACAGCUGAUGAGCCACAUGAAGCGGCUGAGAAAGGUGAAAAUAUGGUGCAAAUCCACUGCAAAGAGAAGAAACCUGAACCAGCUUGAAGAAGCCAUCAAGGUGUUCAUUCGUGAUGGGAACGAAUGGCCUCAUCGCUCCCUAUCAAUUGACUUCCAAGAAUGCUCAGACCCAUUUCUGAGUUCUCUGAAAGCCCCCGGCAGUCUAGCCUCGCUGAAGCUGCGGGGCAAUCUCAGCCGAUUCCCUCAGUUUAUUACAAAGCUGAACAGACUCGAGGAGCUGUGUUUGUCGUCGACUAGCCUAAGCCGUGGUGUUCUUCUAUCUGGUGGUCGUCUAGACACACUGAAGUAUCUGAAGCUCAUUGAAGACAACAUCGGGCCUCUUGAAAUACGACAUGAGCACUUCCCAAGCCUCCGGCGGAUAUGUCUCGUCGGCGCACAGAGCCUGCACGACGUAGCGACUGGAACUCUGCCGCAUCUUACCUCGCUUCAUAUGAUCUGCGAAUCUUUAGAUGGUCUUGCCGGCAUCGAAAUCAGACGCCUAGAAGGAUUAAAGGAAGUCAGGCUCCAUUCUGCGGUCGAUCAAGGAACAAAAGAUGCAUGGAAGGAAGCUGCAAGGGGCCAUCCUAAGAGGCCCGACGUUCUGCUUCAGUGACUACUGAUUCUUGAAGCAACGCCAAGGUUCGUUUUGCCCGUCUUCUUCGUUGUAUUCAUGCCUUCUUUCUGGAGGUAUUGUUCCUUUUCACGUGUAUAUGCUUUGCAGUCUUGUAUAUGCUUUGCAGUCUUGGUUUACACAAGAGGUUCUCCUGUCCUGUGCUGGGUUGUGAAACACGAUCACUUUGGUCAAUAUACCUUUUCCAAGUUAUGUAGAUUGUUUUUGGGACAGGGACAGAGAGUCCGUCUUCUAUUGUUGUAAUCUACUCUCUCCGUUCCUAAAUAUGAGCAUACUUUGGAGUGUAAAUUCACUUAUUUUUGCUCUAAAAAGACAUAUAUUUAGGAAUGGAAAGAGUAUCUUUUAAUGAGUGUA